CGAAGCGCCAUAGCCACGGUAGCCCUGGCGACAAGAACCCAGCAACGAGAAUCAACAACAACAACAGCUGAAUCCGCCAUAAAAAAUAAAAGAAGACAUUUUACCGGUGGGAAACACAUACGUGGAUACAGAGGGUGAUUCCCAGCUCUUAUAAUGGCCACCUCAGGCUACGUAGGUGAGAUCCAACCAGCAGCCCAACCUCAGGGAGCUGGUGUUACCGUUACACCGGGGCAACCUGACGCCAGCUCUUCUCCAGCAACUGCCCCUCAGUUUCUGGCUGAGAUCCAGACUACUGUGGCCACUCCCACCGUUGUCACACCCACAGGCCAGACUACUCCCACUGAUCAAGCCGCCGCCAUUGCCACCCCAAAGCCUGCAGAUGGUAGUCAAGCCCAGUCCACAGCACAGGCCCAGCCUGCUCAGACACAGUAUGUGACUGCGGAGAUCCAGGGCUCCCCCACACAGUCUGGAAAUGCUCAAAGCACUCCUCAGUACAUUGUUGUUACAGUCACAGAGGGCUCCCUUCACUCAAGUGACAGUGUGUCAGACUCUAGCCCCCCCCCAGCCGUGGUGCAGACAGGAGUUCCAACACAGGUUGUUCAGCAGGUACAGACAGCCCAACAGAGGUCCGUGGUGCAGGCCACCUCCCAGAUAGCCAAGACUGAGCCAGGCACCCAGCUCAGUGUCACCAGUCUACAGCCUGUCCAUAUCAGCCAGGAGGUCCAGCAGCAGCUCACACCAGUGCCAGUUCAACAUGUGUACACCAAUCAAGUGCAGUACGUGGAAGGAGGAGACAACAACUACACCACCAGCACCAUCCGUUCCAGCACCUUUCCUUACACUGACACACCCCUGUACACCCAGACCACAGCUGCCCAGUAUUAUGAAGGCCAGCCAACUUCAGGUUCACAGGCCUCCACCCCUGGCACACCUCUAACCGUCUCUGUGACUACUGGCACAACGGGGGGUGUGUCCAUGUUUGUUGCCCAGCCCACCAGCGCAGCAGGGGGAGGGGCCACAGUGGUGACCACAGGUGGCACCACCAAUGGGGCAGGGGAAGGGGCAGGCACCAACGGUGGCGCAGCAGGCAGCUAUGUGAUCCAGGGGGGUUACAUGCUGGGCAGCAGCAGCGGAGGGGCAGCAGGCAACAGUCAGAACUACUCACAUACUGCCCGCGCCUCCCCAGCCACUGUGAGUAUUACAGAGGGCGAGGAGAGUAGCGUGCCGUCGGCAGACAAGAAGGUACAGUGGUUGCUGGACAACUAUGAGACAGCUGAAGGAGUGAGUCUGCCACGUUCCACCCUCUACUGCCACUAUCUGCUGCACUGCCAGGAGCAGAAAUUGGAGCCUGUCAAUGCUGCGUCUUUCGGGAAACUCAUUAGAUCUGUGUUCAUGGGGCUGCGCACAAGACGCCUGGGGACACGGGGUAAUUCAAAAUACCACUAUUACGGGCUGAGGAUCAAGGCAGGCUCUUCUCUUCUCCGUCUGAUGGAAGACCAGCAACAUCUGGCCAUGAGGCAGCAGCCCUUCUCACAAAAACAGAGGUUGAAGCCUGUGCAUAAAGUAGAAGGAAUGACCAAUGGCACAGCAGCAGGAGCCGGCCAGCAGCAGCAGCAGCAGCAGGGGUCAGGACAGGUGGACAUCAGCACCCAGGUUCAGCAGUACCAGCAGUUCCUUGAUGCAUCCAGAGCUCUCCCAGAGUUCCCAGACAUCGACCUACAGGGGAAGUCUCUGCCAGAGGGAAUCGAGCUGGAGCACAUAAAGAGCUUUCAGCUGCUGUACAGAGAACACUGUGAGGCCAUACUAGAUGUGAUGGUCAACCUGCAGUUUACCCUGGUGGAAACUCUGUGGAAGACCUUCUGGAGGUUCAGCCAGAGUCAGGCAGGAGAUGCCACAUUGGCUGUUCAUGACGAGUCAGAAAAGCGCCUCCCUAAGUCCUGCUUGGUGUUGCUGUGCAAGUAUGACCCGGUGCUGCGCUGGAGCCGGGACUGUGACAACAGCCUGUACCAGGGCCUGGUGGAGAUCCUCAUCCCCGAUGUCCUCAGGCCCAUCCCCAGUGCCUUAACUCAAGCCAUCCGCAACUUUGCCAAGAGCCUGGAGAGCUGGCUGACCAAUGCCAUGAUGAACAUCCCGGAGGAAAUGGUCCGCAUCAAGGUAACAUCAGCCAAUGCUUUUGCCCAGACGCUGCGACGCUACACCAGUCUUAACCACCUCGCCCAGGCAGCCCGCGCCGUCCUCCAGAACACAGCCCAAAUCAACCAGAUGCUCUCCGACCUCAACCGCGUUGACUUUGCUAACGUCCAGGAGCAGGCCUCAUGGGUGUGCCGGUGUGAAGACCGUGUUGUCCAGCGGCUGGAGCAGGACUUCAAGCUGACCCUCCAGCAGCAGAACUCUCUGGAGCAGUGGGCCGCGUGGCUGGAUGGUGUGGUCUCCCAAGUUUUAAAGCCCUACCAGCAGAGCCCUGCUUUCCCAAAGGCCGCCAAGCUCUUUCUACUCAAGUGGUCCUUUUACAGUUCCAUGGUGAUCAGAGACCUGACCCUGAGGAGUGCGGCCAGCUUUGGUUCCUUUCACCUGAUCCGCCUGCUGUACGAUGAGUACAUGUACUACCUGAUAGAGCACAGAGUGGCCCAGGCUAAGGGAGAGACCCCUAUUGCUGUCAUGGGAGAGUUUGCCAGUUUAGGCCGGGGUCUAAACCAGCUGGAUCCUGACAAAGAAGAGGAAGAGGAAGAGGAGGAGGAGAGUGAUGAGGAAGGUCAGGAGCUGUCCCUUCCAUCAGACGCUGCUGUGCUGGGAGACGAGUCUCUGGAGCCACCUGCCAAACUGGCCAGAAUGGACCAGAGAGUCCUCUUUACAACUGGAUCAGCUGACAACUAACCACAGGGUAACACUACUAGAUGUGGGUUGAUUAUAUUAAUUACACACACACAGACACACACACAUAUACAGAUGUACAAAGUACACUAAUUUAUACACUUGACACAUGUAUAUAGAUCUUGUAAAUGUGUGUGCGCACUCUCGCUGCAUACUGUAACUAUCCCACCUGUCAAUCAAAGCAUUCAGUGCAGCUGCUUCAACCCCAGAGAGAAACACAGAGCAUUUUAACCUUCAGUUGUAUUGAUCUGUAAAAAAAAUCCAGGCAUGUUUUUUUUUGUAAUCUCUCUCAUUGCAUUGCAACCUGUAGCCUUUGCUGUCUCCUCGAAACUCUCCUCACCCUCGAUCCUCCUAAAACUGUCACUGCCAUAUCAAAGUGGUCUUGAAAAUACUGUGAUGUGUGUGCGUGUGCAAAGGUAAGUUCUACAGGAGGAGGGUGCAAAGUGGACUUUCAACCGUAAUUGGUUGCUGAGUUUAGUUGUUAUUCAUUGUAGGAAGCUUCUUCGUUAAGAAGGGAAGAGACAUUUGUGAGAGACAGCAGGCGGUUGGGAUUUUGUGGGUGGGUUUGUCUUGUUUGUGUGUUUUCUGUCUGAGCACGGGGGUCAUACCGCUCUGCUGUUACUUCUGGAGGCUGACUGUUUUUUUUGUGUUUUUUUUCCUCCAUGAUGGUACGUUUGUGCGUGUCUUGGUCGUGUGAUUUUGAGUCAUGCCAAGUGUUGACUGUUUUCCCUCUUGUAGAUAUUUUUUAAGGCAUUCAGGUUUUGAUUUGGGAGAGUAGAUUUCCCGUUUUGAUUUGAUUCGCCUGUAAAGAAAAACGUGUUCUUGGAGUGCCUGUCGCAGCUGCUACACACACUUGUAAAGAUAAAGCUGUGGAUUUGGGGCUCCCAUUAGUUGCUGCAAAAAAUCCUCUCUUUCUAAUGAACACCUGGUUCCAUGAGAGAGGUACUGUAUGUGUCAUAUUUUUGCUUUCGAAGUGCUUCAUUCCUGUCCAUCCAAUAAGUUCCUCUGUGGCCUCAUUUUCCUUGAUUUUCAUGCCUUAUUUCAAUCUUUUCCAUGUGUGUGCCAAACCUGUUUGCUUUGAUCCCAUUGUUUUUAAAUGAUCUUUCUAUGUUUUAAGGAGGACUGUGCCUGAGUAAGAACGGUGAUAUAUUCUACUGUAUAUUUAUCCACUAUUUUGAAUUUUGUUGUCACUAAGUGAACCUCUUGUGCAGUGUAUGGUGCUGUGUUGUCACACAUUGUAAACAACCUUUGUGUGCAUUAUUGAUUUGUGAUUGUACGUUCGGUUAUCAAUCCUAAUAUCAUAUCUGAUGACUUUUCCACAAACAGGCUAAGGCCCUGCCUCUUUGCACAUACUGACUAUUGUCUUUCGAAAACUCCAACAGAGUUAUCUGAAGUGUUUCUCAUUUUCUAUGAAGUCUUAGAUGUGUUUUGAAACAGUGGUGGUGGGGUCACAGGCGUCAGAUUUUGUGCGAACGUCUUGUACCAGUCUGGUGUGGUGAGAGGUGAGACGGCUCUUUCUGCGCAGUCCUCCACCGACACUCAUCUCCCUCCACUGUGUUUUCAUCUCACUGCGUUUCCGCCCUCCUGCCAAUGGCUUUGUUUAGCUUCAAACAUCCAUAUUCUUGAACACUGUUUGUCGAGAUUGGUUGCUGUAAACAUGUCAUUUUUUGGAUUAUUUGAACACGUCUUUAAAUAGCUGCGAUGCAUAUUUUCAACAAGUAUCGCCAGCCUCAAACCAGCACAUCAUCCUUUACAUGGAGACUAACACUACCACAGCUGAGAACAUAUCACUCCAGUCUUUUAAUGAUCUACAGCGUAUAGAAUGGCCAUUGUUUACCCAGUAAGACGAAAUGUUUAGUCAUUUUUAUAGUGCAUUGUUUCUUAUGUACAAAACAAAUUGAGAAAAAAAGAUGUUCAGUGGCAGUGUUUUCUGAAUUUGGUCUGCUAUAAGUAUGACUGUGCCUUUGGAGGUGGUAGAAUGCAAUUCAGAUGUUUUUAAUUUUAAAGAUAUAAAUUAAAGAAUUUUUAAAAUUG